AGCUACCCGUCUUUGUUAGGUGGGAAAGAAAUGUUGAGUCUUGUUGAUAGAUAAAGCCUGCACCGUGAACACUUGCGCCGUUGUAAAGAUCUAGCAAUUCACACACAUACAGUCAUGGCAGAACAAGCAGCAGAAACUGUUCUUGUGAAUGUAAGGAGUACGUUUAUGGUAAAACCGGCCAUCCCACCCCCAACGCAGGCCACGUUCCUCUCCGGCCUUGAUCUUUUCUGGAUACGCGUCGAGAAUGUUCAAACCCUUUUCUUCUACAAACUCUCUCCUACAAUGGAAUACACCUCAUUGAUACAAGACCUAAAGAAAAGCCUUUCCUCAAUUCUUGUGUAUUUCUAUCCUCUGACUGGUGGGUUAAAAAAAGGAGAAUCAGGCAGAACAGAGGUUGAUUUCACCGAUGGAGGGGUGGAAUUUAAGGUGGCGUCGGCCAGUGUACAGUUCGAAGACUUGGAAAAAGAUGGGUUUCGGAGUAGGCCCUUUUUCCAAACUCUUGCCCGCAAUGUCGAUGACUCUGCGGAUGAAAACGAUAGAAGACCGCUUCUGUCAAUACAGGUCACAGAAUUUGCGGGAAGCGGGUUGUGCAUUGGAACGAGCCUUCAUCACGUUAUAGGGGAUGGAAAUUCCUUUUUCCAUUUCAUGAAAUCUUGGGCAGAGUUUAGCAGAGGCCUUCCCAUUGCAAAACCUCCUCAGCACGACAGAACAGUUUUCAAACGAGAAAACAAGAAUUCCCCGUCACUUUCCUACAAAGCCCACCAGAUUGUAAGCGAUGGGAUAAGAGGGGCAAAUAUUUUCAAGUUUGUACCUGACGAUUCGAAAUCAGAGCACAAAAUAACAUCCAGUAUCGAAAAGGAGGGAAAAAGCGAAGAGGUUCUUCAGAAAAGGACCGAUCUGAUACAAUCGACGUUUUGUUUCACGGAAGAGAUAAUACAAGAACUGAAAAUACGAAGCAGAGCAAAAACCUCUUUUGUUGCAGUGGCUGCUCAGUUCUGGAGAUGCGUAAUGAGAGCUCGAGAGGUACCGCAGGAAGAGGGUGUUUUCUUCGCAGUGUUGGCUGAUUGCAGGGGACGUGUUAAGCCACCUCUUCUGCCAACUUACUUUGGAAACUGCGUAUCUUUGGGUGUGGCGCAGACUAGAGCCGACACACUCAUCAAUGCCGACAUCUCCUUCGCUGCGGGUGUUAUCCAGCAACUCAUCAGUUCCUGCACCGAGGAAGCACACAUCAAUCAUAUGAUUGACUGGGUUGAAUCCUGUAACAAAGAUUUACUUAAAGAAGCUGGUUGGAAAUACGGAACUAGGGUCGUAGCGUCCCCGAGAUUUCCUUUAUACGACAUUGACUAUGGAUGGGGGAAGCCUGCGGAAGUGCAGUUAGCAGACCUUUAUGAUAUUGGAAGCAUGGUUUUGUCAGCUCCAAAGGAUGGAACGAAAAGCAUUAUGGUAUCAACCUGCCUUCCUCAACACCAGAUGGACAUCUUACAUCACUUUCUCUUUUCAGAAAAAGUUUUAUUUCCAUCAGGUGUGGAGAAACAUCGGGUAUCAUAGUGGAGAACAUUCAAUUAUUCACAAAUGGUGGAAGAAUCACAUCUCAUCAUAUCACUUUGUUAAGUUUCCAAUAGAUCAAUGAUAAGAUUCACUUGUGUUGCUAUGUUCUAAUCUCUUAUUAAUGCUUAUGAUACAAUAUAUUUAUAUGGUUGGAGUGAUAAAUAGUUUCACUAGGGAGUGCUAGACAAAAUAGUUAUGAUUGAUGUUUUGAGCAAAGUCAAUUUGUGAUUAUAUAUAUUUGACGAUAUAAUUCAUUAUCAUAUCCUAAAAUGUUGUUAACUUGCCAUGAUUGUCAUGAUACUGGCAUGAUUAUAUAUUUAUAUUGUUUGUGAUAUUAUUUUAUGACC